AUGGCUAUGAAAACAUAUACUUUAUUUCUCAUACUUCUUCUUGCCAACGUAGCUUUUGCCAACCACUAUCAUUUCAUUGUUAAAGACACUUCGAUCGAAAGACUUUGCAAAUCAAAGAAAAUUCUAACUGUGAAUGGCAAAUUUCCUGGUCCAACCAUCUAUGCCAACAAAGGAUCUACUCUUAUUGUUCAUGUCCAUAACAAUAGCAAGUAUAAUAUCACUAUUCAUUGGCAUGGAGUGAAACAACCACGAAAUCCUUGGUCAGAUGGCCCAGAGUAUAUCACCCAAUGUCCAAUUCAACCAGGCUUCAAAUUCAAGCAAAAAAUCAUACUUUCUGAUGAAGAAGGCACUAUUUGGUGGCACGCGCACAAUAAAUGGGCGCGUGCCACGGUUCAUGGUGCCAUUAUUGUUUACCCGAAGCCCGGUACUAGUUAUCCUUUCCCUAAGCCUCAUGCUGAAAUACCAAUUAUUUUAGGUGAGUGGUGGAAGGAUAGUGUUGUGGAGGUUUUAAAUGAAUUUGUUGGGUCAGGAGGUCAGCCAAAGACCUCUGAUGCUUUUAUGAUUAAUGGUCAGCCUGGUGAUUUUUACCCAUGUUCAAAGCAUGGAACUUUCAAGCUAGAAGUUAAAUCUGGAAAAACUUAUCUACUAAGAAUUUUAAAUGCUGCAAUGCAUGAAAUUCUUUUUUUUGCAAUUAGAAAUCACAAAUUAACAAUUGUUGGAACAGAUGGAAGUUACACAAAGCCAUUAACAAGAGAUUUUAUAGCCAUAAGUCCUGGUCAAACAUUUGAUUGUCUAUUAAAAGCCAAUCAAAAUCCAAAUAAUUUUUAUUAUAUGGCUGCUAGAGCAUACACUAAUGGUACAAAUGUCCAAUUUAAUAACACAACAACAACAGCCAUAAUAAAAUAUCAAGAAAAUAAUUACAAUUUUAAUAAUUCACUUAUUUCACUCCCUUAUUUACCUUCUUACUAUGACACACCUUCAACAGUUAAUUUCAGUGCUAGUCUAAGAAGUUUAGCCUCAAAACUCCACCCGAUAUCCGUCCCCACUAAAGUUGAAACAAGGUUGGUUUCAACUGUCUCAGUCAACUUAUUACCGUGCCCAAAAAAUGAUACUAGGUCAUGUCAAGGGCCAAAUGGGACGCGAUUAUCAGCUAGUAUGAAUAAUAUAAGCUUCUUGACACCACCAAGGUAUAAUAUACUCGAGGCAUAUUAUUAUAAUCGUGUUAAGGGCAUGUUUGGGAUGGAUUUUCCGGAUUUUCCACCUUAUGUUUUUAAUUAUACUGAUGAUGUUUUGCCUUUGGAACUUGAAUUGCCUAAAUUUGGGACACAAGUGAAAGUAUUGAAGUAUAAUACAACAGUUGAGUUGGUAUUACAAGGGACAAAUUUGGUCACUGGAUUAGAUCAUCCUAUGCAUCUACAUGGUUACAAUUUUUAUGUUGUUGGUUGGGGAUUAGGUAAUUUUGAUGAAAAAUAUGAUCCUAAGAAUUAUAAUCUUGUUGAUCCACCUAGAAGGAACAAUGUUGCUGUGCCUAAAAAUGGUUGGAUUGCUAUUAGAUUCAGAGCUAACAAUCCAGGAGUUUGGACUAUGCAUUGUCAUAUUGAGAGACAUCUUACAUGGGGAAUGCAGACUGUAUUUCUAGUGAAAAAUGGCCACAAGGCAGAAGAACAUAUUUUGCCUCCUCCUCAUCACAUGCCACCAUGCUAA